GUUUAUUUUAAACUGAUUACAUAAUCUUUGUUCUUUUCUCAACCUAUUAUGGUUGUUUUCUUUAAUUCUUCCUAAUUAUCUUUAGCCCAGCAGAAUUAAUUAACUCCUGUGGGUCUGAAAUCUUAUGGUUAGGUCAGAUUUCCAAUACACGUUUGUCGGGGUGUCAUUUUUUCAGAACUAAAUUUCGGGUAGGUAUGCAACCUCAGCACGUAUUUUAUGAUUUUUGAGUUUGUUUCCUCUCUGCUUCUUCCUUCUGGAGUGACACUAUCUUUUGUCUCUAGUUCUGUCGAAGAUGACUCGGAUACAAAGAGGCUUUCCAAAGAGGAAAAGGGUCGUAGCAGUUGUGGUAGAAACUUCUGGGUUAGUGGACUUUCUUCUACCACCAGAGCUACAGAUUUGAAGAAUCUUUUCAGCAAGUACGGGAAGGUGGUGGGCGCCAAGGUUGUGACAAAUGCCCGGAGUCCGGGAGCUCGCUGCUAUGGCUUUGUUACCAUGUCCACAGCAGAAGAGGCCACAAAAUGCAUUAACCACCUGCACAAAACAGAACUCCAUGGGAAGAUGAUCUCAGUGGAAAAAGCAAAAAAUGAACCUGCUGGGAAGAAAACUUCUGACAAAAGAGAAGGGGAGGGGAAAAAAGAGAAGUCUAGCAACGCUGACAGGUCUGCAAACUUGAAGAGGGAAGACAAAGCCGACAGAAAAGAUGAUGCUAAAAAGGGUGAAGACGGGAGUGGAGAAAAGAGUAAAGAUCAGGAUGAUCAGAAGCCUGGCCCCUCUGAGCGAUCUCGAACCACAAAAUCAGGAAGUCGAGGAACUGAGCGGACUGUGGUGAUGGAUAAAUCUAAAGGUGUACCUGUUAUCAGUGUCAAAACAUCAGGAUCCAAAGAGAGAGUUUCCAAGAGCCAGGAUCGCAAAUCGGCCAGCAGAGAAAAGCGGUCUGUUGUGUCCUUUGAUAAAGUCAAAGAGCCUAGGAAGUCCAGAGACUCGGAGUCCCGCAGGGUGCGUGAGCGCAGCGAGCGGGAGCAGCGCAUGCAGGCGCAGUUGGAGCGGGAGGAGCGCGAGCGGCUGGCCAUUGCCCGGGAGAGGCUGGCCUUCCACAGACACCGCCUGGAGCGGGNGCGAAGGGAGGGCAGAGGGGCGCAUGCGCGGCUCCCAGGCCCGGACCCCAUCCCCGCUGGGCCGAGGGAGAAAUUUAGGCCUGAUUGGGCCUGUGCCAGCCACCUCUCUCCUGCUGCAGACCCAGGGAGGGCCAUGAAGAUGCUACUCCUCACUGGGCUAGGAGCCCUGUUCUUUGCCUAUUAUUGGGAUGACAACUUUAACCCAGCCAGCCUCCAGGGAGCCCGAGUGCUGCUGACCGGAGCCAGUGCAGGUGUGGGGGAGGAGCUGGCUUAUCACUACGCACGCCUGGGCUCCCACCUGGUGCUCACUGCCCCCACCGAGGCUCUCCUGCAGAAGGUGGUGGGGAGCUGCCGGGAGCUGGGCGCUGCCAAGGUCUUCUACGUCGCUGCGGACGUGGCCUUCCCCGAGGUGCCCGAGCGCGUGGUGCGGUUUGCGCUGGACAAGCUGGGAGGGCUGGACUACCUGGUGCUGAACCACCUCGGCGCCGCCCCGGCAGGCACGCGGGCCCGCAGCGCCCAGGCGACACGCUGGCUCAUGCAGGUGAACUUCCUGAGUUACGUGCAACUAACUUCGUUGGCGCUGCCCAGUCUGACCGACAGCAAGGGCUCCCUGGUGGUGGUGUCCUCGUUGCUAGGCCGCGUGCCCACCUCCUUCUCCAGCCCCUACUCGGCGGCCAAGAUCGCUCUGGACAGCUUCUUUGGCUCUCUCCGGCGGGAGCUGGACGUGCAGGACGUGAAUGUGGCUAUCACCAUGUGCGUCCUGGGCCUCCGAGAUCGCGCCUCAGUCGCGGAGGGAGUCAGGGGCGUCACGAAGGCCAAGGCGGCCCCAGGGCCCAAGGCAGCUCUGGCUGUGAUCCGAGGCGGCGCCACACGUGCCUCUGGCGUCUUCUACCCAUGGCGCUUCCACCUGCUCUGCCUGCUUCGCGGCUGGCUGCCCUACCCGAGGGCCUGGUUCAUCCGCCAGGAUCUCAACAUCACGGUCCCCGCUGCUGCCUGAGCUCAGAAGACUUUCCAGCUAACUAUCCUGGAGCCAGGACACACACCAAGACACCUCUGAGAGAGUGGCGGAGGUCCAGGAGAAAGUCAUCAAGACAGAAAAGUAAAACCGAG